UGACAGUCAGUGUUGAUUGAUAUCAAAGCAAAAAAUAACCUUUAAAAAUACAUGGUGUUACAUUAUAAUAGAAUUAUUAUAAUAUAAUUAUUAAUUUCUGUGAAAAAUCAUGGUAUUUCUAUCGUUAAAUUUAUUAGUUCGAUCUCGAGGACCAGAUGAAUUCUGGCGAAAACGUAAAAUAUUCGCAAUUGCUGCUCAUUUUAUAGGUAGAAGAAGAAAUUGUUAUUCUCUCGCUAUUAGAGGUGUUCAUAGAUCCUUAAUGUUUGCUACCAAAGGACGAAAAUUAAAAAAAGAAGAUAUGCGCGAGCUUUGGCUAACAAGAUGCAAUGCAGCUUUGACCGAACACGAUAUGGAACAAAAAACAUUUACCGAAGCCUUAACUAGAUGUAAUAUUUUACUAAAUUAUAAAACUUUAGCUGAUUUAGCUUGUUGGGAACCAAGAACAUUUAAAUCUCUAGUUGCUAUCGCAGGUGCAAGAGCACAGCAAGAUGGACUUAAAAGUAGAAAUAAAAUAUUAGAAUCGACUACUACUAUAUCAGAUGGUUUAAUCGAAUAAAAUAUAUGAGGGGUAGAAUACUUAUACAAUA